AAGAUGGCCGCAGUCUGAGCCGGCCCCGGUCCGAGGCGUCGCCGGCGCUCUGUCGGCUGUCGGGUCACGGGCGCGGGUCUCGGGCGGCCGGCCAAGACUGGGCUGGGCAGCAGCCGCGGCUUCUCUGGACCCGCCGUGCCGAGGCCUGGGCCGUCUCAGCUUCCUCCUCCUCCCUCCCCAGCUCCCAAGCAGUCCCACGGGCUGCCCUGUGUGGCUAUGGCAUCCAGGCGGCUGCCCCACUGGCUCUGGUGGCUCCUGGGCAGCGUCCUGCUGGGGGAGGUGUCUGCACGGCCUGCCAAUCACUCGUCCACCCGGGAGGAAAACGAGAUCCUGCCCCCAGACCACCUGAACGGGGUGAAGCUGGAGAUGGACGGGCACCUCAACAAGGACUUCCACCAGGAGGUCUUCCUGGGCAAGGACAUGGACGGCUUCGAGGAGGACGCCGAGCCGCGGCGCAGCCGGAGGAAACUGAUGCUCAUCUUCUCCAAGGUGGACGUGAACACCGACCGCAAGAUCAGCGCCAAGGAGAUGCAGCGCUGGAUCAUGGAGAAGACGGCGGAGCACUUCCAGGAGGCCGUCAGGGAGAACAAGAUGCACUUCCGGGCCGUGGACCCUGACGGCGAUGGCCGCGUGUCGUGGGACGAGUACAAGGUGAAGUUCCUGGUGAGCAAGGGCCACAGCGAGAAGGAGGUGCUGGACGCCGUCCAGAGCAAGAGGGAGCUACAGGUGGACGAGGAGACACAGGAAGUCCUGGAGAACCUCAAGGACCGCUGGUACCAGGCCGACAGCCCCCCCGCCGACCUGCUGCUGACCGAGGACGAGUUCCUGUCCUUCCUGCACCCCGAGCACAGCCGGGGCAUGCUCAAGUUCAUGGUCAAGGAGAUCAUCCGGGACCUGGACCAGGACGGGGACAAGCAGCUGUCUCUGCCCGAGUUCGUGUCCCUGCCCGUGGGCACCGUGGAGAACCAGCAGGCCCAGGACAUGGAUGACAGCUGGGUCCGAGACAGGAGGAAGGAGUUCGAGGAGCUGAUCGACGCCAACCACGACGGGGUCGUGACCUCGGAGGAGCUGGAGAGCUACAUGGACCCCAUGAACGAGUACAACGCCCUGAAUGAGGCCAAGCAGAUGAUCGCCAUCGCCGACGAGAACCAGGACCUGCACCUGGAGGCGGACGAGGUCCUCAAGUACAGCGAGUUCUUCACAGGCAGCAAGCUCAUGGACUACGCGCGCAGCGUGCACGAGGAGUUCUGAGCACGGCCGCGACCUCCGCCCGCCCAUGCGGCGUCUGGCUUCCAAGAACCCGCGGCCGAGCCCUGCCCGGCGCCGACCACAUCAGGGCCCCGGGCCCCGGGCUGGGCCCCGUGGGAAACCACGCAGCUCCUGCUGUUUCCUUGAAAACAGAAUUGGAAGGUUUGCGGGAAGUGAGCCGCGGGCUGGUGCAGGGCCCUCCUUGGGAGCAACAGUUAAUUUAAAUUACAGUUGCCUUUUUCUCUCA